GUACUGGGCUACCCUCUACUGACUCUUGCAUAAUCAGCACUUCUUGUCGCAUAUAAAGACACGUCGUCGCCACCAAGUCCUCUUCCAAUACACUGGCCUCUUCACCUCAGUGACCACUCUACAACACUUCAACAUGACCACUGCAAAGCCCAUAUUCAACCAAGGAGAGGACUGCAAAGCCGGGUGGCACGACGCUACAGCUGGCUACAAUGAGACCGACACACAUCUCGAGAUUCUCGGAAAGCCCGUAAUGGAACGUUGGGAGACUCCAUACAUGCACUCACUCUCGACUGUUGCUGGGUCAAAGGGAGGCAGAGUCCUGGAGAUUGGUUUUGGAAUGGCCAUCGCUGCUACUAAGCUGGAGAGCCUCCCCAUCGAGGAGCACUGGAUCAUUGAGUGCAACGAUGGUGUCUUCCAGAGGCUACAGGAGUGGGCCAAGUCUCAGCCUCACAAAAUUGUUCCAUUGAAAGGGCUGUGGGAGGAUGUCGUCCCCACACUACCAGACAAUCACUUCGAUGGCAUUUUGUAUGACACAUACCCCCUGUCUGAAGACACAUGGCACACACAUCAGUUCAACUUCAUUAAGGGCCAUGCCAACAGAUUGCUGAAAUCUGGAGGAGUUCUCACCUACUGCAAUCUCACCUCCUGGGGAGAGCUGCUGAAAAAUAAAUAUGACAAUAUUGAGAAAAUGUUCCAGGAGACCCAAGUGCCCCAUCUGCUUGAGGCUGGCUUCAAGAAGGAGAACAUCAGCACGACCCUGAUGGACAUCAUUCCCCCUACUGAAUGCAAAUAUUAUUCCUUCCGCAAAAUGAUCACACCAACCAUUCUGAAGUUGUAAGGCACUAGCCAGUGACUGCCCCUUUUAUAGUUCUCCUUCUACACUGGAACCUCCUGACUCAGAAUAGCCAUGAGCUACUGAAUCAACCUCUGCCCAUUUGCUGCAAGUUUAACACAACCUUGAAAACGGUUACCUUUACUAACACCUCAUCAGUACGAUGUAGCAGUUUUUCUAUAUAUGAAAUAAUUUCAUAAAGGUACACCAUUCCACAAUUCUGAGUUCUGUCCUGUAUCUUUUCAAAAUAAAUCUAUCUCCAAUUUGUUUGUUGUA